AUGUCGACCGUCCAACGGAUGAACCGAAAAUUAUCCGAAGAACGCGACGCUGAACGCGCUUCCCAAUUGGCCAAGGAAGCUGUUGAACUUUCUAAUGCUGGUGAUAAAGUGCAAGCAUCGAGAAAGCUGAGAGAAGCUGCUGCAUUGGGUCAUGCAAACCCGGAUGUCCAGGCCGCCUUUUUCGCCAUCCAUCAUGAUGACCAGCUCAACUCACCCCUUUUGGAUUUGGUAAGGAGAUACGCCCUCUACCACGAUAAGUCGGCCGGCGAUGAAGCUGUCAAAUACCUCAAGAGCCCCGAGGCUUCUAAUGCUAGCACCGUUGCCCUUGAGUGCUUACAAAUCAUCCUUGAAUGCCGCGAGUCUACCAUGUCCGGUGCCCAGGAUUUUAUAAUCGCCGAACUAGCCAGACGGAGUACCGCAGUUCGAACAUAUCUAGCGACUGAGCUUCAAGUGUCCACUACCUCAUUCUUCGACAAUGUCUAUGAAAGAGGUGAUGAAGCGGCCAAUUGCCUGCGCUCGGUCGUGCUCGAUGUUACAUUGUGGCCGACUGAGGAGGUCCGACUCCGGGUGGAAGAUGACCUGUUCCAGCUCUUCCUUGCCAAAUUGAUGGAAACUGGUCACGAUCAUGAUGGCCGAGCUCUCAAAGGCAUUGCCCUGCUGUUGAUUGCCGACACCCAGCGGCUACAUGUAUUCAUUGAUGAAGAUGCAUUUGAGGCCCUCAUGGGCUCCCUGGAUCUGAGACUUCCACCCGACGUUCGAGGCCACGCGACUCUCGUCCUAUCCAAAUUCUUUGAAGUGGCAGAACCUUCUGGCCAAGAAUAUCUCUCCAAUUACAUCACGAGUCACGUUCAACGGAAGAAGGGUGACGACCUAGUCCUGGCCUUUUCGGCUGGCGCAAGUCUCUUUCCGGUCAUUCCAGCCAUCUUGGCUCCGCUCUUUUUGGUGGAAGGCUUCCUGGCCUCCAUCAUGCCUCUUCUCGACAGAAAAUUCAGCAGUCCCCUCGUCCACGACGCCUUUCUCUUCUUGCUCAAUGCUGCUUGCAUUGAUGGCGCCUGUCGGACAGCAAUCGCACAGUAUUGCGCAGCUUGGCUCGCGGACAAAGUGAGCACCGGGACCGGCAAGCAGCCAUCGGUGGCGGCCACCGUCUUGGCUAAGUUGAGAACUUCGGGCGUCAAGAUUGAAGAUCAAAGAGCCAAUAAGGCGGAUGAUGAUGUUAGUGAACUCGUUGACCUUUUCAAGAAAUCCCUCACCGUUGUUGAAGAAGGAAAGAACGUUUCUGACUCGAUUGAAGGCCUUGCGUAUACAUCUUUAAAGCCCGAGGUGAAGGAAUCACUCGCCAAAGAUCGCAAGUUCCUGGUCUCACUCCUGGAGGUCCUCGACCAAAACCAUACCAGCCCGGAAGUCGUGGUUGGCGGAUUGAGUAUCAUCUCGAAUCUGACUCAAUAUGCCCCAAGUCUGUCCGACGAGCAGAAAAAGAUGUCGCAGCUGAAAGCUUAUGCGAAUGCUACCAAACCCGCCGAACCAAACCCUUUAGAGGAUGACGAGCAUGUACGGGCACGUUGCACGGCGGUGGUCGAGGCUGGAGUCGUGGCCUCACUAAUCAGACUAAACAAGGCCAGAUCUCCAGCUACAGCACAGCUCAGCGAUAGGAUUUUGUUGUCAUUGUCCAAGAACCCAAAAGACAGAGGGAAGAUCGCUCAGCAAGGAGCCAUUAAGCUUCUCGUUUCUCACGCACAAAGAAGUCUACAGUCACCUGAAAACAGCGUUCAAGCCCACCCCGAGGCUGCGCACGCCCUCGCGCGUAUCCUUAUCUCCUUGAACCCAGCUCAUAUCUUCCCACCCGGAUCGACACCCGAUAUCACUGACGCUGUGCCACCUUUGGUGGCGUUACUGAAGACCCCGGGCGGUGCAGCUCUAAAUGACCAGCCGCGAGAUCUAUUGCCGGUCUUCGAAAGUCUUCUUGCCCUAACCAACCUUGCAUCAGCACCUACCUCCAAUGCCGCCUCUUUUAUCAUUAAAUCAGCCUGGGAUGACAUUGAAGAUUUCCUAUUGGGAAACAACGAGCUAGUCCGCCGUGCGGCUUGCGAACUGAUAUGUAACUUGACCGUUGUUCCCACCGGAGUCGAGAAAUUCGCCGACGGUUCGAAACGUGCUGCCCAGCGAUUACGUAUCCUGGUGGCAAUGGCCGAUGUCGAAGAUUUGCCCACAAGGCGCGCCGCGGGUGGCGCUCUGGCAAUGCUCACGGAGCAGUAUAUCAACAUCGUGUCCGCGAUGCUCGAGUUUAAACGUACCUCAGAGAUUCUUCUAGAGCUCUGUCUCGAUGAAGAUCCUGGCGUGGUGCAUAGAGGCUUGGUCGUGGUCCGAAACAUGUUAUGUUGCGAUGAAGCCGGCCCGGAGUACAAAUCAUUGGCACUGAAAGUAAAAGAGGCAUACAAGAAAGAAGGCGCCGUGGAGAAGUUGAAGACUUGUCUGAAGCAGACCAAAGAUCCGGAACUAUUGAGCAUCGGAGUACAAGCCUUGAAAGUCCUGGUGGAUGAUCGAACAAAAUGA